AUGGAGGUGGCUCUGGUCAGCCUGCAGGAGAACGGCGGCGCCAACAAUGGAGAACAGCAGCAGCCGCUCCGCUCGGCGCUCGUGGACGACUUGGGCAAGGAAGUGAACGCUCCUCUUCAUCAUCACCACCACCACCACCGCCAUCCCCAUCAUCAUCAGCAGCAGCAGCAGCAGCAGCAGCCUCUCACCCCUCCUCCGCCCUCGCCGCCCGCGUGGAGGAUCAACGACAUGAACAGCGCGCUGAGUUGCAGCGAGAACGCCAUGGACGCGCUGCUGCGCGCCGACCACAGCCCGCACGUGUUCGACGACGAGCUCCCGGACCCGGACUCGGACAGCAACGAGCGCGUGCUGAUCAACAUCGCCGGCCUGCGCUACGAGACGCAGCUGGGCACGCUCAACCAGUUCCCCGACACGCUCCUGGGCGACCCGGCCAAGAGGAUCAAGUACUUUGACCCGCUGCGCAACGAGUACUUCUUCGACCGCAACCGGCCCAGCUUCGACGGCAUCCUCUACUUCUACCAGUCGGGCGGCAAGAUCCGCAGACCGGUCAACGUCUCCAUCGACGUCUUCGCCGACGAGAUACGCUUCUACCAGCUGGGCGAGGAGGCCAUGGAGCGCUUCCGCGAGGACGAGGGCUUCAUCAAGGAGGAGGAGAAGCCGCUGCCGCGCAACGAGUUCCAGAAGCAGGUGUGGCUGAUCUUCGAGUACCCCGAGAGCUCCAGCCCGGCGCGCGGCAUCGCCAUCGUGUCGGUGCUGGUGAUCACCAUCUCCAUCAUCACCUUCUGCCUGGAGACGCUGCCCGAGUUCCGCGACGAGCGGGAGCUGCCGGCCGGCGGCGGCGGGCGCCCCGACAACGGCACGGCGGCGCGGCCCUCGCUGACCUUCAGCGACCCCUUCUUCAUCAUCGAGACCACCUGCGUCAUCUGGUUCACCUUCGAGCUCUUCGUGCGCUUCUUCGCCUGCCCCAGCAAGUCCGAGUUCUCCAAGACGGUGAUGAACAUCAUCGACAUCAUGUCCAUCAUGCCCUACUUCAUCACGCUGGGCACGGAGCUGGCCGAGCAGGGCCAGGAGCACCCCAACGGCCAGCAGGCCAUGUCGCUGGCCAUCCUGCGCGUCAUCCGGCUGGUGCGCGUCUUCCGCAUCUUCAAGCUCUCGCGCCACUCCAAGGGCCUGCAGAUCCUGGGCCAGACGCUGAAGGCCAGCAUGCGCGAGCUGGGCCUGCUCAUCUUCUUCCUCUUCAUCGGCGUCAUCCUCUUCUCCAGCGCCGUCUACUUCGCCGAGGCCGACGAGCCCGAGUCGCACUUCUCCAGCAUCCCCGACGCCUUCUGGUGGGCCGUGGUCACCAUGACCACCGUGGGCUACGGCGACAUGCGGCCCGUCACCGUGGGCGGCAAGAUCGUGGGCUCGCUCUGCGCCAUCGCCGGCGUGCUGACCAUCGCGCUGCCCGUGCCCGUCAUCGUCUCCAACUUCAACUACUUUUACCACCGCGAGACCGACCAGGACCAGUCCUCGCUCAAGGACGAGCCGGCGCCGCUCGAGACCAAGGCCGGGCCGGGCCCCGACUCGCCGUCGGGCGAGGCCGACGUCAAGGCCGACGGCGGAUCGGACUUCAAAUCCUCGCUCUACGCCUUCUGUCUGGACACGCGGGAAACCGAUUUGUAG